AUGGCCAUAUUGGCCAACCGUGCAACACGUGUGCUGACUUCCCCACAAGCAGAACGCUUCCGAGCUUCCUGGCAGGAUAUUGCCAAAGCGGCAGCUCCCACGCGGCCCCAGGGACCCACCGCUCCGGGCGGGCUGCGUGAGGAGGGGGCCGACGCGGCGCUGGCUGUGCCUGGGCUCCCCACCGCACCUCGUUUCACUAUGUAUUUUCCACAGAUUACAGUAAAUAAACGCUAUAUCUGUGAAGGUUUAGGACUGAGGGAGAUUCCUGAAAAACUACCUGUCACAACAGAAAACCUUGACUUCAGCUUCAACGUACUCUCUUCCCUCCAGAAUUCAACCUUCUCUGAGCUCAAGUUUCUUAUCUACUUGGACUUAAUAAGGUGUCAAAUCAUCCGGGAUGACAGUACCUUUCACAGCAACAGGCAGCUGCAGACAAUUGUGCUGUCUGGAAACCUGUUCAUGCUCCUCUCUGACACAGCGUUUGCUGGCCUAUGGUCCCCGAAGCAGCUUGUAAUGCAGAUGGGAAUAACCAGUAUGUCCUUUGUUCCAAUAACAAAUCUGGACAGCUUGGAUACCCUCAUCUUGGGCAGCAACCACAUCUUUUCGCUGCAGCUUCCUCCCAACUGUCCCACUCAAAACCUCAAAUAUCUUGACUUUCAAAUGAGUAACAUAAAGGCAAUCACAGCAGCAGAUGUUCACAUCCUGCAGAAGACCAGCAAUGUAACUCUCAUCUUUAAAGGCAACAACAUUACAUACAUUGAACCUGGAGCUUUCCAGUUCCAUUUCUACAGUUUGGACUUUGGGGGCUGUGCUGACAUCCCUGGGGUCCUGGUGGCAACACAGAACUCCACAGCCCAGAUCCUCUGGCUAGGAGCACUUUAGGGUGUGGAAAAGGAGCCCUACAUAAGCCAUGUUUUACAUGGUCUAUGUAAAAUGUCUGUCAGGGAUCUCUAUCUGCCUCGGCACUUCAGAAACCUAAACGCUGACACGAUUCAGUGCUUGACCAGGCUUCAAAAGCUGGACCAGCUCAGCGCACUGCCCACCAGCAUCAGCAGCAUGACCUUGCUAGUGGAGUUAGCUCUCAAUGUGAACUCCUUUGAGCACCUCUGCAACAUCAGCUCUGCUGCCUGCCCCUCCCUCACGCACCUCCAGGGGAACUUGCAGGUCCUGCAGCUGGGCUCUGGCUGUUUGGAGAAUCUGGCAAAGCUUCAACAUCUCAAUUUAAGUAAGAGUCACACUGAAAGCUUUGAGUGCUGUGACAAAGCCUUCAGUGGUUUAAGUAGUCUUCAGUACCUGAAUCUGAGCCACAACAUAAAGCUUCACCUCCAAGACAUAGUCAUUAGGGAUGGUGCUAACCUGGAGCUGUUGGACCUAGUUACACCUCUUCGCAUCGACAUUUUAGAGGGUCCUUUCUGAAAUCUGCAUCUCUUGCAAGUGCUGAAUCUUUCCUCCUCCCAUAUUAACAAUAGUGUUCAGCACCCCUUUCCAGGUCUGGAAAAGCUCAUGCUCUUGGACCUUAGUCAAAAUAACUUUGAAUUGGGGAUCAUGCCAAAGGACAAACUGUUCCAACAGCUAUCCAAUUAAGAGGUGCUAGUUUUAUCAUCCUGUGAACUGACAGCAAUAAGUGACCAAGCAUUUCACAGCCUCAAGAAGUUACAGCACAUUGAUCUGAGUCACAACAGAAUUACUGCACUCAGCACAGAAGCAUUUUCAAACCUCAAGAGCAUCUACCUCAAUUUUGCCCACAACAGGAUCUGUAUUGUACCACAUGACAAGCUAGUGUCUCUUGCUGGCCAUUGCAUAAUCAAUUUAAGUUACAAUCCUCUGGACUGCACCUGCUCCAAUAUUGGUUCAAUUACCUGGUACAAGCAGAGUCUGGAUAAAAUUGAAAACCCUGAAGGAACAAGAUGCUCUGAGCCAAAAUUGCUAGCUGGGGCUCAGCUGGCCACAGUCUUGCCCUCCUGUGAGAUCAACACAGCAAGAAUCAUUGUAGUUGUCCUGGCUAUGUUAUCCUGUGGUGCCAUCUUCAUUUGGGGUGCUCACUAUUUCAAGCAAAAUUACCAGUGA